UCCGUGCCCUCUCAGGUAGGUGAGAGGCGGCUGGAGAGUUGCUGUAUUCUGGGAAUGGGUAGGGUCACUCGUCCAGAGUCGUCCUAUCCUACGCGCCGGAAGCGUGUGACCUUUGACUUGCAUCGUCUAGGUACCUCUGUCAUCCUCUACCAGCCGCAGCUCCGAGGGCUGGAGCCAGCUCCAGGACUGAUUGAUCAUGACUUCUAUAAAGGAGCAGGCAGCAAUUAGCAGGCUCUUAAGUUUUUUACAAGAGUGGGACAACGCUGGCAAAGUUGCAAGGAGUCACAUCCUCGACAAGUUCAUUGAAACCAACCAAGGCAAGACUGCCCCUGAACUGGAGCAGGAGUUUUCCCAGGGAGCCAGUUUGUUCCUGAUACGCUUGACCACCUGGCUUAGAAUCACCUAUAUGACUGGCUGUUGUUUAGAAAAGCUUCUCAAGUCCAUUGGCAUCUUCUUAUCAGCUGUAAGCAGUAAUCGGUACCUUAGAGAAUUUCUUGAGAUUGGAGGUGUCCUAACACUCUUGGAAAUACUUGGGCUGGAGAAGAUCACGGAGGAGGCCAAGAAGGAGUCCGUCAAACUACUUCAGGUUAUUGCAAACUCUGGCAGGAAGUACAAGGAGCUCAUUUGUGAAAGCUAUGGUGUACGAUCCACAGCAGAAUUUUUAGCAAAGUCUCAGUCAGAAGAGACCCAGGAGGAAGUGCAGGUUCUGUUGGAUUCUUUGGUCCAUGGCAAUCCCAAGUACCAGAAUCAAGUGUAUAAAGGUCUAAUAGCUUUGCUGCCCUGCGCGUCCCCCAAAGCCCAGCAGCUGUCCCUGCAGACUCUCAGGACUGCCCAGCCAAUCAUUGGGACCACACACCCCAGCAUCGUGGACUGCGUGCUGAAGGUGCUGGGCACGAUGCACCUAGAAGUCCAGUAUGAAGCCAUCGAGCUGAUCAAGGACCUGGUCGGUUACGACGUGCGCCAGGCGCUGCUUAAGGGCCUCGUGGCGCUGCUGAUACCAUCGGUCAAAGAGACCUCCAAACUGCAAGCCAAGAUCCUCAAUGACCCCUCGAUUCUCCAGCUCACCCCCAGCCUGCCGAUGUUUUUGCAGCAGGCCGCGGCCGCCAAGGCCAUCGGGGUCCUGGUGCGCAACGACAUAAGCAUCGCCGAGGAGCUGCUGUACCUGCGCGUGGUGCACGGCCUGAUGGCCGCCAUGGGCAACACAGACCACAGCAACAGCCAGCGGCUGGCCAGCCUCACGCUAGAGUGCUUCGUGCAGAUGUUCCCUCUGGUGGCGGAGCACGUGUGCAGGUGCAUGGGGGAGGAACUCUACCAGCUCUUCCUGAGCAACGCUGAGGACUUGUACACGAAAAUAGACAGCAUUCAGGCGGACAUCUUGGCGGCCAACAAAGUCAAUGUUACCAGAGCCCUGCGCCACCUUGGCAGCUGCCACAGCAUGAACACCUUCUGUGGCUCUCAUGAUUCGGCUCACACAGCCUGCGUUACACACUUCCAGAACGACGAUGUGGAAUCAAAGGAGUAACAGCCCCUGUGGCAAACCAGGAAGGCCAAGGCUGCGAGGCAGGGAAGGCUGGCAGGAGGAAGGCGCCUGGGGUCAAGCUCAGAGCCACUCCACUUGUGUCCACUGGGGAGACUGGGUAUUAGGCACCCUAGAAGGGCAGAGGGAGAGCCGCUGUCAAUAAACAGCCUUGGUAUCUGUC